CCGACAUCGCGUUGUUCUCGAAAACUGUUUUAUUGUUCAUAAUAUUUACUACUCCUCCACAUCGAUAGUCGAGGAUGGUGAUCUGAUAGUAUGGAUCUGUGAUUAAAAAAAGUUCUUAUCAUGGGUGACUACAUCUUCGGUCCUCCUCCGCCGCCGCCGCCAAAGUCGUCGACGACCUCGAACGCAUCGUCGUCGUCGAAGUAUCAAAAUCGACCACAGCAAACCAGGCAAAAGCAGCAGCAGCAGCAGAAUACAAACCGACGAACAAAGGACCAGAAGAGUUUCAAGAGUGAGGGUGGAUCGGGUCGGUAUGCUGGGCAGAAUGGGUCGGUGUCUGGAGGUCAUGAGUCGCAGAUACAGAAUCAUGGAUCAUCGUCGCAUUUGGACGCCCAGCAAGAUUUACAUACGUCAGGAUCACUGGAUGAAUCAGGAUCUUUGACAUCUCACAGCACAAUCAAGAAAUUCAAUCUAGAUCUCGUUUCCUCACAAGCUCCUACGCAAAGUCCGAUCUCACCAACUCACAUCAACCCAUCAUCCACAGCGUCUCAGUUCCCGUCCUCGUACGAUGACUUUGCCGCCGACGAAGACGACGACGGCGGCGAAGAGAAACCAGCGUCGAAACAGAUAGUCGCGAUCCCCGGCACUUCAAUCACGCUGCAAACAGAAGCCGACAUUGCGAAAUGGAUAGCCGAGCGGAAAGCAAGAUGGCCGACCGCUUCGCGCGUCGAGGAGAAAGAAAAGGAAAGGGAAAAGGCUCGACAACUUCAGCUUGAGCAGCAGAACUUGCAGGGCGAGGAUCAGCAGCUUCAAGACCACCAGGGCAUCUCAGAAUCCACAACAGCCAAACGCCAACCAAUAUGCAAAUUCUUCGCGUCAACAGGCCACUGCAAACGCGGCGACCAGUGCAAAUUUCUCCACGAACAAAGACCAGCGACCGACAACAAGCGAGUCGCGACGGCUGCAGACGGUCUGAGGACGAAGCGGUAUAAGCGGUUCGAAGCGCCGAGGAAGAUGCCGCUGUUUAAGAGAUUGGUGCAGAAUGAUUGGGAUAAAGAGAACGAAAAGAUUUUGGACUUUAUUGCAUUUUUGGCGGAAAGGGGGAUAGUGGGUAAAAGCAAAGCUUUGCAAGUGUGAGGAUUGAACUAUUUCAAAAUUAAUUAGGACAUU